UCUUCUACCUCAAAUAGCUACCUCAAGCAACACUUGCGUCCUAAGCCACGACCUCUGCUCAGCGCAAUUGUCCCUCCAUCUACCGAACUCAUACCCUUCCAGCCGAACCAGAAUGUCAUUCUCAGCUUCGUGGAAAGAUGGAGACGGCGAUUUUCUACUCGUUGUGUCUGGAUUGACACGGUAUGCACCUUACUUGACCGGGUGGCAAGAGUUCAAGGAUCAUAUCCGUAAGAUAGUUAAAGAGCAGCCUGGAUGGGUCGACGUAUAUGCAAGCCAAAGUCAACGUAGGGGCGAAAUGCAAGGCUGGUGCAGACUCAAAGACAGGGAAGAUGCAGAUGCAGCUUACAAUAUAUAUUUCAGGUCAAAAGGCAUGCUGAUACAUGUCUGGGAGACCUGUCGUAGCAACGAGGGGUUCCGAUUGUUGAAAUGCAACUGCUCUUCACACUUCUUGGAACUAGCCGAGGGUAGUCACUCUGCGGGCCGAUGCGGCAUUGACAUCGGAAGAGUUAGUCACUUGACCGGAGGAAGUCGAUCGUAUACUGUCUCGACCCCUCAGUACAUGUCUGCUCCACCCAUGUAUUCGUAUGCGACCUAUCCAUCGAUCCAAGGCUACGCUGUCCCAUCUAUCUAUCCGGUCCAUACGUUGCCAACACAGCUGGUCAACACGCAAAAGCCAGUUUAUUCAGUAAACACGAGUGGAUUUCCUGUAAACGUACGGGAUGGAGCAAUGUUGACCGAAACCCGCGGAAUCUUCAUCUCGGGUCUGAGCUACAAGGCGGCACCGGCAGAUCUCAUGGCACUACUACAGAGUGUCGGAAGGCCUACCGAGGCCCCUAAGAUGCAACGGGAUCCUAUAUCCGGCGUGUUCAAAGGCGUAGCGACCGCCAAGUUUUCUUCGAAGGAAGAGGCACAACAUGCUGCGACCCACCUGAACUACAGGACGCACAUGGGAAAGACACUCAAUGUUCGCAUGGAUGUGGACGCCACAGUCGUUGGACAGACCGAACCCCUGAUUGCGGUCGGCUCCAAUACUUACCGGUACUGAUAUUACCACACUCGAGUCUUUUUGCAUCACAACUCCCAGAGCGUAAUUGUUCAU